UAUGGCGUGAACAAAAUUACUUGUGUCAGAAUGAUGCGGCAGUGUUCCAUGUGCUUCAGUUUCACCCUUUUAUUUAUAAAUUUGCUAGCUAGCUAGUCCCAUCUCCCAUAGAAAGACAGCAGCAGCACUCGAGAAAUUAAACUUGGUCCCAAGAUAGAUAUUGGGAUUCCAAGUUGAGCCCAACAACAUAAUGAAGGAAUCGAACAAGAAAGAUGCUACUAAUGAUACCGUUGAUGGGAUCGACGGUGACGGCGAUUUUGAUCCAAGUGCACCUCCUCCAUUCAAGAUUGCUGAGAUCCGAGCUGCCAUUCCUAAGCAUUGCUGGGUCAAGAAUCCAUGGAGGUCAUUGAGCUAUGUUUUAAGAGAUGUUACCGUCGUCUUUGCCUUGGCAGCAGCUGCUCUGCACCUGGAUAGUUGGAUAUUUUGGCCACUUUACUGGGCUGCCCAGGGUACAAUGUUCUGGGCCAUCUUUGUUCUUGGACACGACUGUGGCCACGGAAGCUUUUCCAACAAUCACUUGCUAAAUAAUGUGGUGGGGCAUAUCUUGCAUUCUUCAAUUCUCGUACCUUACCACGGAUGGAGAAUUAGCCACAGGACACACCAUCAGAAUCAUGGCAAUGUAGAAAAUGAUGAAUCAUGGGUUCCGUUGCCUGAGAAGAUUUACAAGAAUUUAGACUUGACUACUCGGAUUAUGAGAUACACUGUGCCUCUCCCCAUGUUAGCAUACCCCAUAUAUCUGUGGAGAAGAAGUCCAGGUAAAGAGGGUUCUCACUUCAAUCCCUACAGUAAAUUGUUCGCUCCCAGUGAAAGGAAAGCUGUGUUAACCUCAACUGUCUGUUGGUCUAUAAUGGUUCUUCUGCUCAUCUAUUCAUCCUAUGUUUUUGACCCUGUCCAAGUGCUUAAGAUCCAUGGUGUUCCGUACUUGAUAUUUGUUAUGUGGCUGGACUUUGUUACAUACUUGCAUCACCAUGGCCAUGAGCAGAAACUUCCCUGGUACCGCGGCAAGGAAUGGAGUUAUUUGCGUGGAGGGCUUACCACAGUGGAUCGGGAUUAUGGAUGGAUCAACGGCAUCCACCAUGACAUUGGCACACACGUUAUACACCAUCUGUUUCCUCAGAUUCCACACUACCACUUGGUAGAAGCGACAAAGGCAGCUAAGCCGGUGCUCGGAAAGUACUACCGCGAACCUAAGAAAUCUGGGCCAUUUCCACUCCACUUAUUCAGCAAUCUAGUGAGAAGCAUCAGAGAAGAUCAUUAUGUGAGCGACACAGGAGACGUUGUCUACUACCAGACCGACCCCCAACUGUGCACAAUCAAGUCCAACUGAUAUUGUUAAGAGCUCAGACAAAAAGGGGAAUAUUAUAAUAGUUACAAGUCUUAAAAAGUACCACUCAUAGGAGUAUUUGAUUUCCUAAAGCAACCGCAUUCUUUCCUUUAGGUGAAAAGAGAGAUGCUCUUAGCAGGAUAAUAAAUGAUGUAGCAUCUUCUUCAAGAAUUAUGUUCUGAGUUAGAAAGUUAUGGUGGGUGAUCAUAAUAUUCUUUUUAUCU